GGCGGCGGCGUGGGCGGGGAAGGCCCGGACCCGGGUCCGGAACGCCGGGGGACAUGGCGGCGGCCGGCCCGCGUAGCCGCAGCCUCGCGGGCCUGCUCCCCGCGCAGACCUCGCUGGAGUACGCGCUGCUCGACGCCGUCACGCAGGACGAGCAGGACCACCUGGUCUACCAGUACCUGCAGAAGGUGGACGGCUGGGAGCAGGACCUGGCCCUGCCCGAGUUUCCGGAAGGUUUGGAAUGGCUGAACACAGAAGGGCCUAUUUCUGUCUACAAGGAUUUAUGUGGAAAAGUGGUCGUGCUUGACUUCUUCACCUACUGCUGCAUAAACUGUAUUCACCUGUUGCCUGAUCUCCACGCUUUAGAAAAGAUGUAUUCAGAUACAGAUGGUCUUCUGAUCAUUGGUGUUCACUCGGCUAAGUUUCCAAACGAGAAGGUCCUGGAGAACAUUCAGAGCGCUGUUCUCCGCUACAACAUCACCCACCCUGUGGUCAACGAUGCAGAUGCCAGCCUUUGGCAAGAGCUGGAAGUGUCCUGCUGGCCAACUCUGGUCAUUCUUGGGCCCCGUGGAAACAUGUUAUUUUCUUUAGUUGGAGAAGGGCACAAAGACAAAUUAUUUUUGUAUACUUCGAUUGCUUUAAAGUAUUACAAAGACAGGGGACAAAUCAAAGAUCAUAAAGUUGGAGUAAAACUCUAUAAGGAUUCUUUGCCGCCAUCACCCUUGCUGUUUCCUGGCAAAGUGACCGUAGAUGAUGUUUCCAAUAGACUGGUAAUAGCAGACACCGGACAUCAUAGAAUUUUGGUCGUCGAGAAGAACGGGCAAAUCCAGUAUAGCAUUGGAGGGCCGAACCCUGGAAGAAAAGAUGGAAUAUUUUCAGAAUCAGCCUUUAAUUCACCACAGGGUGUAGCCAUAAUGAAUAAUGUCAUCUAUGUGGCAGAUACUGAAAACCACCUAAUCAGAAAGAUUGACCUGGAGACCGAGACGGUAAGCACAGUAGCUGGCAUUGGAAUCCAAGGGACAGAUAAAGAAGGUGGAGGCAGUGGACAGCAGCAGCCCAUUAGUUCCCCUUGGGAUCUAGUUUUUGGAACAUCAGGUUCAGAGCCCCAGAAGGAUGACGUUCUCUGGAUCGCCAUGGCCGGGACGCAUCAGAUCUGGGCCCUCCUGCUGGAAGAUGGCCGCCUCCCCAAGAAGAACGAUUUAAAGAAGGGCACAUGCCUCCGGUUCGCUGGAAGUGGGAAUGAAGAGAAUCGAAACAACGCUUACCCUCACAAGGCAGGCUUUGCCCAACCUUCUGGCCUGUCUCUGGCCUCCGAAGAUCCCUGGAGCUGCCUGUUUGUGGCGGACAGCGAGAGCAGCACCGUGAGAACCGUCUCCCUGAAGGAUGGAGCCGUCAGGCACCUCGUGGGCGGAGAGCGCGAUCCCAUGAAUCUCUUUGCCUUUGGUGAUGUUGAUGGAGUAGGAAUCAAUGCCAAGCUUCAGCACCCACUGGGAGUCACUUGGGACAACAAAAGGAAUUUGCUUUACGUGGCUGACUCUUAUAAUCACAAGAUUAAAGUUGUGGAUCCAAAAACAAAAAACUGUACAACAUUGGCAGGAACCGGAGAGGCCAGUAACGUUAUCCACUCCUGUUUCACCGAGUCAACUUUUAAUGAACCUGGAGGCUUAUGUAUCGGAGAGAAUGGUCAGUUACUGUAUGUAGCAGACACCAACAACCACCAGAUUAAAGUGAUGGAUUUGGAAACAAAAACCCUGUUUGUGCUUCCGGUUUUCAAAUCUGAAAACGUCACAGUAGAUGGCCCGUUAGCAGUAGGAAAACCAAAGACAUUGCCCAAACUACCUAAAUCUGCUCCAAGCAUUACGCUUUCCCCCGUGGCUGCAACUCCGGGCCAGACACUUCAGUUCAAGCUGAGCCUCGGCCUCCCCGAGGGGACAAAGCUAACCGAAGGAGUCCCCAGUUGCUGGUUUCUAAACGCUGAAGGCAACGAAUGGCUUCUCCAAGGACAGACCACUUCCGGGGAAAUUGAGGACCUUUCCAAUCAACCAACAAUCUCCUUGGAGCUUCCUGGAACUUGCUUACCUCUUGAAGCCGUCGUAUCGGUCAGCGUGCUUCUCUAUUACUGCAGCGCAGACAGCAGUGCCUGUAUGAUGAAGGGAAUCUCGUUCCGUCAGCCUUUGCAAAUCACUGAUACACAGCAGGGCAGCCUAGCACCUGCAGAGCUCAGGUAUGCGUUUUAGCUCCCUCGCUAGCAGCCCCACCACCCACAGCACCUGGCCUCUACCCUCACUCCCCAGCCCUCUAACUUACGGAAAGAAAUGGCGCUUCUGCUUCUGCAGACCAAGAAAUGUGUUGCUCAGUUCCAGCAGCUGGUUCAAAUAAAGCCGUGCUCCUCACCUACUUAUUUCUUACAAGCAAACAACUUCACCUGGCCCCAUGCCAGAUAGUCAUUGCCCAUCAUUUGAACCGUGCUAAUGUAAUCUCUGCUGCUAUUGGCACACGACAUAACCCCUACACACACACACACACACACACACACACACACACACACACACACACACACACUGUGGUGUAUAUUACCUAGUGAUUUACAGCAGAUACUGAACAAAAGUGAUACCAAAUAUUUUACCUCACUUUUUCUACUUUUAUUAAUAGCCAGCAUCACACUUCAGUGUAUAAAUUUCACAGUAAUUUUAGCCUAAGAUUAACUCCAUACGUUGAUGGACACUUGCAUUCAAGGUCUGCUUUAAGCCAAAAGAAAAAGAAAAAGAAAAAAACAGUUUCAAAAAAAUGUUAAGUCUAUUUAAAAGAGAAUCUCAGUCUAUUUUUAUGAUAAGUUAUUUGCUAUUCUAACAUACCGUUAGUAAUGCCUUAUGACUCAAUACAGAAAAAAAUUAAAGAUAGAGUUUAGGACACAGAGACUCACAUUUUAACUAUUUUCUGAAUGAACGGUCUUUACCAGAUUAUGUAUGAGUCCCCCAAAAUAUCGUGCCUUUCAAGGACAAAGGGACUCAGGGACACAUUACCAUGAUGCUAGUAAGUGAUGAAUUCAUUGUUAUUGUUAAAAAUGAUGUUGAUGAACAUGUGUGCUGUUUUAAAAAUCUACUUUUUACUUGUAAGAAUUCAGUACAGAUUUCUGGAUUUCUGUUUCUUUUUGUUGUUCCCAUAUUUAGAAUUUCAAUCACAAUCUGCACCGUAGCACUAUGCUCCCGUUGUUCAUCAGUUUGCUCGAGCGGUCUCAGUAACAUCUCCAGUGUGAGACUUUGUUGUUACUGUAUUUGGGACUGGAGCAAUAGCACAGUGUGUAGGCUGCCUUGCAUGCGGCCAACCUGACUAACCCAAGUUCGAUUCCUCCGCCCCUUUUGAAGAGCCCAGCAAGCUACCGAGAGUAUCUC